AUGGUGACUGAAUACGUGGAAAUGGGAUCAUUGUAUCAUUUAAUCCAUGUGAGUGGGCUGAAAAAGAGACUCAGCUGGAGAAGGAGAGUGAAAAUGAUAUGUGAUAUAUGCAGGUUUUUUGCUCUCAAAUAUGUUGCAGAUUCUGCUUGCAUUGUGCUACGGGUAGAUCAAAUCCGAGAAGGGUUGCAUUAUAAUCCUUACUUUCCUGGGGGAGCCAUUGCUAUGCCUAAAAUGCUUAUUGAUGGUGCUGUUGAGUAUGAAGAUGUUUCCCCUGCAACGGAAUCUCAGAUGGGAAAAGAUGUUGUGACAUUUUUGUCAUGGGCUGCAGAACCAGAAAUGGAAGAGAGAAAACUGAUGGGAUUCAAGUGGAUAUUUGUACUGUCAUUGGCAUUGCUUCAAGCUGCUUAUUACAGGCGCAUGAGGUGGUCUGUUCUCAAGUCUCGUAAGUUGGUGCUCGAUGUCGUCAACUAGAUAUAUCCUCUUGUGGGAGGACUUGAAUUGGCAAUAAUUAUAAUUAUUUUAUAAAGCCAAUUAUGUUUUUCUGCUGUGAAGAAUUUGUUCAACUUGUCCAUUGGUAAUGUGGGU